AACCAUUAGAUGACCACCAUUAAUGGUGACUCUCUCUCCAGCCUCUCUAUCUCUCUAAACUCUCUCAACAUAGCUUCCUCCCUCUAACCUUCGCUACCGGCACAUUCGGUUUCGGCCAGCCUUGUCCGGCGCCCUCUCCCCUCCUCCUCGGUGCGUAGGCUCCGCUCCCUCCAACGAUGGUCGUAAAUUUCUUCCACUAAAGAUCUCGAUGGCUUUUGCCCAUCCGGCCUAGCUUGGUUCCUUUCUCCCGUCUCCGGUGACUAUCUUAGGACCAAUGCUCGAGACAACAGCCUCGGACUCCGGUCGAGAUGGUGCCUUAGGUCCAUGAAGAUCCAUACCUGAUACUCUCGGAUCUCGGAUCUAUUCAGAUCUUCAAAGAUCAAGGUGACUUCACCAAGAUCUGUGGCGAAUCUCGCUAGACUCGAAUCAGAUAUUCAAGUUUUCGAUCAAAUCUCACCAAAACAACCUUAAUCCUUGAAGAUCGAUAGUGGAUCUCGUUAUAUUCGCUUGUAUUUUGGUCUCUGUAGGUCUAGGCCACCUUUGAGCUCUUACAGCCCAUUCUUGGUCGAGACUCCACUAUAGCCACUAUAGCCACCUCUGACGAGGUCCUACCCCUCUUGGCCUUAUGGUAGUUGUAUGUAGGUUCCGAGGAAUUUUUUUUUUUUUAUCGCAGUCUUCUCAAUGGUUUGGUAAGUCCCAUAGGUUUGAGGUACGCUCAAGGCCAUGUUAUUUAGCUCUACUUUGGAAAUUACUUAAAGGUCUGAAGCAGAUUCCUGAGGCUGAAGAAAAAGAUUAUUGAAUGAAUCGAAGGACCUAUCCCGGCCUUCAUUGGGGAUCCUUUAGCCAGCAGUAGGUUUAGAUCGAGACUUUAGAGGGUUUAACUACAACGUUUGUGCUUGGGUGAUUUUUGCUUUAUAUUUUCUUCAUGAUUAACCUUGGAGGUUUCAUCGAUUAUUCUUAUUUGGUAAAAUUUUUUGAGCAUUUUCCUGUAUACCUUUCUCACUAAUGAAUGAAAUCCUCAUUAGUACAGAGAAAAAAGAAAAAAAAAAAAAAGACCACCAUUAAUGGUGAAGGACCAUUGUUUUAAUUCAGAGGGAACAUCUCAUUUCUCCUUUAAUCACCCCGAAGCGUUGAAUUCGUGCCCUGUGGACAAAUAUCCAAUUACUUCUUGUCUUCACCCCGCUAUCCUCAGUGCAGCGAUCACUGCAAUGGCACAUAGUAACCGCUUGGAGCAUGUGCGUGUGCGGGGGGGCCCACAAGCAGAUGCAGUAUGAAUGGCAUCAAUGACUAUUAUUGGGGCCAGCCACCCGUACAGCACAAAUCCUCCAUAAGAGGGAAAUUGCUAUUUCCCCACCACCUCUGUGCUUUUUGAUAUAUCCACUCCCCCACUCUCACUCCCUGCUGUACCCUUAACCAUUAAAAGUAGCUCUUCUUCCUCCUCCUCCCUCCUUCUCUCUCUCUCUCUCUCUCUCUCUCUCUCUCUUCGCCUUCUCAGUUCGUCCUUCCUCCUCUUCGUCUCUUCCAUACGGCCUCCCGUUUGCAAAAGACAUGUCGGGAAGUGGCGGAGGUAUCUUCUUCUUCUACUUCCUGCUUUGUAUCUUCUUAACCUCUGCCGUAUCUGUAAGUUCUGUUUCCACCCCACUCCAGUACCACACUCUGGUGCUCAACCCUCUCCCUUCAGCACCCACCCUAUCAUGGCCGGAAUCGGAGUCCCUGUCGGAAUCCCAUCCGGAGACCAUUUUACCCGAAGAAGAGUCCUCCACUGCGGCCCUCUCCGUUCAGCUCCACCACAUAGACGCGCUGGCCUUGAACAAGACCCCACAAGCUCUCUUCGGCCUCCGCCUCCAGAGAGACGCGUCCAGAGUUAAAGCAAUCGCUUCGCUGGCGGCCGCCGUGCCCCGCGCUAGGCCCAGGAACGCCACCCGGGCAGGCUUCAGCAGCUCUGUCAUCUCCGGGCUCGCGCAAGGCAGCGGGGAGUACUUCACGCGCCUGGGCGUGGGCACGCCUGCCCGGUACGUAUACAUGGUACUGGACACGGGAAGCGACAUCGUCUGGAUCCAGUGCGCCCCCUGCCGGAAGUGCUACUCCCAGACGGAUCCCGUCUUCGACCCCUCCAAGUCGAGAUCCUUCGCCAAUAUCCCCUGCUCGUCCCCCCUCUGCCGGCGCCUGGACUCCCCCGGCUGCUACAACCGCCAGAAGUGCCUCUACCAGGUCUCCUACGGCGACGGUUCCUUCACCAUGGGGGAGUUGUCCACCGAGACGCUCACCUUCCGCAGGACCAGGGUCGGCCGCGUCGCCCUCGGCUGCGGCCACGACAACGAGGGCCUCUUCGUUGGCGCGGCGGGGCUGCUGGGUCUGGGCCGGGGGAGGCUAUCGUUCCCCUCGCAGAUCGGCCGCCGGUUCAACAACAAGUUCUCGUACUGCCUCGUGGACCGCUCCGCAACGUCCAAACCGUCCUCCGUCGUGUUCGGCAACUCGGCCCUCUCCCGGGCCGCCCGGUUCACUCCCCUGGUCAGAAACCCUAAGCUCGACACAUUCUACUACUUGGAGCUCCUCGGCAUCAGCGUCGGGGGCACACGCGUGCCGGGGAUCACGGCCUCGCUGUUCAAGCUCGGCCCGGCCGGUAACGGCGGGGUCAUCAUAGACUCGGGCACGUCCGUGACCCGCCUGACCCGGCCCGCCUACAUCGCGCUCCGGGACUCUUUCCGGGUCGGGGCCUCGAACCUGAAGCGGGCGCCGGACUUCUCGCUGUUCGACACCUGUUACGACCUGUCGGGGAAGACGGAGGUGAAGGUUCCCACGGUGGUGCUGCACUUCCGAGGGGCCGACGUGUCGCUGCCGGCGUCAAACUACCUGAUCCCGGUGGACACGGACGGGAGCUUCUGCUUCGCGUUCGCCGGGACCAUGAGCGGGCUGUCCAUCAUCGGGAACAUCCAGCAGCAGGGGUUCCGGGUUUCCUUCGACUUAGCGGGUUCCCGGGUCGGGUUUGCUCCCCGCGCGUGCGCGUGAUAGAAGCAAUUACUCCCCACUUCCUACUGCUUGCCUGUCUGUGCGAUUCCAGGACCGGCCAAAAGGGCAAAAAGAAAAAGGCAAAAAAGAAUAUCUCCUGUCAUUUUCUUUCUUUCUUUUUAUUUAAAUUUCUAAAAUAGUUUUGCCAAUCGAUGAGAGGGAGGGGAAGACUGAACCGACCGAUGUAAUGUAACGAUGUUCGUAUUGGCUUUCUCAAUUAUGUUAAGAGCUUUUGGUUCCACUUAA